UUAGCUUUGAUGAUCGAAUCACGUGGGAGGGUCACUUCCUUCUUCUCGUCAUCAUUCCAUCGUUGAAGAUGCUGCGUGUGGCCGUUCUAGCCAGGUCGUUUGCAAGGAGCUACGCCACGGCAGCAUCACCCCAUGCUCUUGUUUUCUUAGAGCAUAACAAGGGCCAACUCGACUCUGGUUCCCUCUCAGCCCUCACUGCUGCCUCUCAAUUGGGCGGUAGGGUCUCAGGUCUGAUUGUGGGCGCACCUGAGGAAUUGCCAACCGUUCUAGAGCAAGCCAAGAAGGUCACAGGUCUGGAUACCGUGCUACACUCUGCAUCUUCGCAGUACACCACGCUUUUGCCUGAAGUCGUCACACCCUUGUUCGUGAAGUUGUUAUCAACACAGUCACCUUUCACGCACGUUGUUUCUGCCCACUCCUCAUCUGCCAAAUCCAUCCUACCUCGUGUGGCUGCUAAGCUAGAUCUACCGGCUGUCUCCGAUAUCACGUCCGUACAGCAUGACUCUUCCUCCAAUAGCACCACAUUCACCCGUCCAAUCUACGCUGGGAACGCAAUCUCAACCGUCCGGGCAUCAGAUUCCAUCCCCAUCAAGUUCUUCACGGUUCGAUCCACUGCGUUCUCUGCUGCGGCCGUGGGCGAUGCAGAAGCUGAAACUGAAAGCAUCGACGCCGUGCACGUCUCCAACCCACCCACAGAACACGUCAGCACUUCCCUAACUAAAUCGGAUAGACCUGAUUUGGGCGUGGCUUCUCGCGUUGUUUCUGGGGGACGUGCUCUCAAGAACGCUGAAACUUUCAAAGCGACCUUGUUCCCACUCGCUGAUGCUUUGGGCGCAGCCGUGGGUGCCUCGCGGGCAGCUGUAGAUGCUGGUUAUGCUGAUAACUCCCUUCAAGUUGGACAAACUGGCAAAAUAGUCGCUCCAGAAUUGUAUAUGGCCAUCGGCAUAUCCGGGGCCAUUCAGCAUCUUGCUGGCAUGAAGGACUCUAAACUCAUCGUUGCCGUCAAUAAGGAUCCGGAUGCCCCCAUCUUCCAGGUGGCUGAUGUCGGUCUCGUCGCAGACCUUUAUGAGGCCGUGCCGGAGAUGGUAGAGAAACUGAAAUAGUGUAAUCCCCUAGCCCAGAAGACCGCGUCAGCUUGCAGUCACACCCUCUAGCUACUUAUAUCUUUGGCAUAUGUCGUAGAUAAGACGGCACCUUGAUAACAACAGAAAAUAUUUUUUUCAUG